AUGUUUUAUAUUAUUAUUGUAUUUCUUUUGCUAUCGUCAUCUGUUAAAGCACAAUAUUAUUCUCAACAAAGACAAUAUCCUUAUAAUAAUUAUAAUCAAUGGUCAUCUUAUCCAUUAUGGAAUCAAGGUCAAGCAAGUGUUCGUGGAAGUCUUCUUAAUGAUGAUACAUCUGUACUACCUUCUGGGUCACAAAUAAUCGUAACACUUGCGGAUGUUUCUCUUCAAGAUGUAGCAUCUCAACCAUUGAAUACACUUGUUUUAUAUGGAUCUUAUCGUUUUCCUAUUGCAUUUGAAAUUCCAUAUUCAAUGAUACAAGUUCAACAAAAUAGUAAUUCUAUUCGACAAUAUGCUAUUCAAGCUCGUAUUGAAAAAGAUGGUCAAUUACUCUAUAUAAAUGAUCAAUAUACUCCAGUACAAUUAAUACCAGCACCAAUCAAUCCGAUUAAUGUUAUGAUGAAAAACAUUGGAGCAUCAGUAGGCUUUGGAAAUGGUGGCAUUUAUGCAACAACAAGACCACCAAUAAUAAAUAAUAUGUUUAUUUGUCAACAAAUGCCAGAUAUUGGUCAAUGUAAAGCAAUUAUUGAACAAUAUUAUUUUAAUCCUCAAUCGAGUUCUUGUCAAAUAUUUAUAUGGGGUGGUUGUGGUGGUAAUCAAAAUCGUUUUAAUUCUCGAUAUGAAUGUGAACGUACAUGUUCUUUUUAUCGACAACAAAGAUGGAUACGAUAA